GCUCAAUCCGCUUUUGCUCUGUGAAUAAACAAUGGCAAACUUCUGUGCUUAGAAACAAAAGAUGCCGGAUCCUGCACUUUUUCCAACCUUAGGGAUGCCACAAUGCUUGUGAAGAUGCCCCGAAGUCUUUGCUAUUGUUAUUAUUCAAUUGGCUUGUCAACUGGCACACUGCGUCAGCGAAGCGUGACUGGAAUGGGAUCAUCGCAGAGUGCCGAUGGAGGAAACGUCAAAGAGCUCAAGGUAGUUGUGGUUGGCAUGCCUAAUGCUGGUGCCAAGUCCUUGGUAGCUCGAUGGACUACGGAUGCAUGGCUGGAGAAGCCAGAAAAAAACGAUCCAGGCUGGCAGCCUCUCAUGAGGCCCUUUGACAAGACCCAGCUCCACUUGCUGGCAGUGGGCUCCACGGUCGGUCUUUGGCAAGAGCAUAUUUCUACUGCUGACGUCCUGGUCUUUGUGGUUGAUGGCAGCGAUGAAUUUGAUGAGGCCGCAUUCAGCGAGUCCUUCAACAAGGCUGCUUUUGCUCUCAAAGAAGGAGCACCUGUGGUGAUCUUGGUGAACAAGGUAGAUGCAGAUCCAGAUGAUGACAGCAAAGAAGCUGCAAUGCGUGUGGCAGACAGCCCUGGUUCAGCCGUCCAAGCCACUGGACCCAAAGCUUUGACAGGCAGGGCGACCAAUGAAAAAGGGAGUUAUAUAGGACUCCUGAAGCCACGUGGUGAAGAACGGAUGGGAUAUGAGCUUUAUUGAGCAGUGCCAAAAGCGGAUUCGGAUGUGAGGAGGCGAUCAGGGCCAUUUGCGGAGUGAGGCUAGUAUUCUGAAGCCAAGUUAAGCUGUACAGUGUGAAGUCAAGCUAAAACAUGCUUGCAUUCCAUGCAAAGUCAAAUCAAAGAUGCCAUAGCAUCAGUGUCGUCGGAGUGGCUUGCAAAAGGAUCAUGUCUUUGGGAGGGGCCCAGUUGAUACGGUG